AUGGCCGAAAAAACAAUGGCUCCAGCAACCACACCUCGGCGCACAGUUUCUGGUAGUGCCUCAAGCACAAAUGCCGUAGGAGGAAGAGAAUCAUCUCAACCAGCAGGAGGGAAGAAAAGAGACUCGAGAGCUGGCAUGCGCAAAGUCACAUCCCUCACAGCCGAACAAUUAGAACGCAAACGCGCAAAUGAUCGCGAAGCGCAACGGACCAUUCGCGCGCGCACAAAGGAGCAUAUUGAGAAUUUGGAGCAUCAGGUCGCUGAGUUGAGUGCCAAGGGUCAGCAGGUUGAUCGCGUGUUGGAGCGGAAUGCUAUGCUAGAGUCGGAGAUUGCGCAUUUGAGGCAGCAGUUGGCUAUGAUGUCGAAUAGUAGGCAGUUGUAUCAGAGUGAAGAUGAACGAAGGUCUUCUACAAGCUCAAAUCCAGCCAGUGUGAUCUCUUCACCAUUCAAUAGCCCCCCAUUGACGGACUCGCUUCCACCGGGACCACCGAUCCCACCUCUUACACACAGAAUGCCCCUGCCGCAGGGCUCAUGGCAUUCAUACGUAUCCCCGCCACAAACAGGGACACUAUCAUCCGCAUCACUGUCCGUGAGCGGAGCAGAGCAACCGCAUGAAUCACCCUAUUCCAUGACCGCCGAUUCACUCGCAGGCUCAUCCAUGGGUCAAACGCACCAUGACAUGGCGUAUGGUCUUCCACACACAACCACAGCGCAAUACGCGAACAACAACGCGGACUCGUACAACCGCAAUCUGACCUACCCAUCUCGCGCAGCAAUGGGUCACCCACAUCAGCAGCAGCAGCAGCAUCGGCCACAGCAUAUCCCUGUAGCUACCAUGGGAUAUGAACAAAACAUCCCCUCGCUACAAUCAGCUCACUUGCCUAUACCAGCUCAUCAUACGUAUCCGUCACAAAUCGUGCACUCGCCUCCCACUCAUUCCCAGAUUGGGUAUCAAUGGGACUCGAGGGCCUGA